AAAAGAGUUUCAGUCUGGCUCUGAGGUCACUCUCUCCUGUCACCUGUCUCCUGAAAUCAGUGCUGUUGCCAUGGAGAUCAGGUGGUUUAAGGAGACGGACUGUGUUUGUCUUUAUAAGAACAGGCAGGUGACAGAGGGGAGGGGCUACGAGGGCAGAGUGAGUCUGUUCACUCAGGAGCUGCAGAGAGGAAACGUCUCCUUACAGAUCAGAGACUGUAGAUGGUCAGAUAGAGGAGAUUAUCUGUGUCAAGUCACCAAUGGAGACACAACAGAGGAGAUUACAGUAGAAAUGAGGGAUGCAAUAAAGUGGCUUUCAGAGGGAAGAGCACAGAGAGCACAAAAGGGUUUCUUCAUGCAGCAGAGUAACAGAGAAUGGAGAAAAGAGGAGAGAAUGAAAAUGACGGAAUCUCUUCUGCUUAUGGAUUUAACUGAAAAGACCAAACAGCUCGAAGAAACUAAAAACAUUCUAUCUGAGAGAGACACACAGCUAAUGGAGAGAGAAAAACAAGUGGAGGAGAAAGACAGACUUCUGACAGAAAAUACAACAACACUUCAGACGAAGGAGAAGAUUUUAGAAGAGAAAGACAAACUUCUCACAGAGACACAAGAUGAACUGAGACAAACAACAAAGACAUUAGAGAAUCAUAGAAUACAAAUGGAAGAAAUGGAGAAAAGACUUGUGGAGAAAGAUGAAGAAUUAAAAGAGACAAAACAAGAACUAAAAGAUAAAAACACGAUUAUUAAAGAACAUUUAGAGACUGUUGAUAAGAGAGAUUCAUUAUUAAAGGAAACAAAUGAAAGAUUAGAAAGUGUUAAUAAACAGCUUAAAGAUAAAGACUCACAACUGGAGAAUCAGAUCAAACUGCUGAGAGAGAAAGAGACUCUACUGGAGAUCACAGUGAAAGAGGAGGAAAGCAGUAAAAAGCAGCUGGAGACUCUGAGAAAGGAACUGCAGGACAAGAGCAGCAAACUACAGGAGAUGAUGAUCCUACUGGAACAACAGAAAACUGAAGUGAGUGAAAAAGACAAACAGCUUGAAGAGAAGGAGAGACUUCUAAGCGAGAGAAACACACAGCUAAUGGAAAGAGACAAGCAGGUUGAGGAGAAAGACAGACUUCUAGAGGAGAGAAACAAGCAGCUGCAGGAGAGAACAGAUCCAGACUCAGCAGCUCCAGCCAGGAGAAGACAUAGCAAAGAGAUUAGACCUCCAGCAAUGAUGGGAGAAUCCUCUAGUUCAGCCCCUCAAGAGUCAGUUCCUGUAGCAGAGCUCAGGCUGGUGCUGCUGGGGAGGACUGGAUGUGGGAAGAGAGCAGCAGGAAACACCAUCCUGGGCAGAGAGGAGAGGAGCCAGGCUGGAGCAUCUACAGUGAGGCAGCAGAGUGAGAGCAGACAGGGGGAGGUGGCUGGGAGGCAGGUGACUGUGGUGGACACUCCUGACUGGUUCUGUCCUGGACUCUCUCUGGAGGAGCUGAGACAGGACGUGGGACUCUGUGUCCGUCUGUCUGCCCCAGGACCCCACGCCUUCCUCCUAGUCAUACCAGUGAAGCAGUCUACAGGAGAGGAGAGAGGCAUGCUGGAGAAAAUGGAGGAGAUCUUUGGAGAGAGAUGUUGGAGGAACACCAUGAUCCUUUUCACUGUGACUGAUGAAGUCCAAGAGAAGAACAUUGAAGAGUUUAUCCAGUCAGGAAACCAGGAGGUCCAGAGACUUGUGGAGAAAUGUGGGAACAGGUUUUACUGUCUCAGCAUUAAGGAGAGUGGAGAUGGUUCUCAAACCUCAGAGCUGCUGGAGAAGAUAGAGAAGAUGGUGGAAGGAAACAGAGAGAAAUUCUACAGCAGUGAGAUCUACCUGGAGACACAAUCUCAGAUCAGAGAGAUAGAGAAAAGAAUUGUGAGAGAAAGAGAGGAGAUGAGAGAGAAACAAGAAAGAGAAACUAGAGAGAAGCUGGAGAGAUGUGUACAGGACACUUUAAUGAAAUUUGAGGAAUUAACGGCUAAAUGUCAUGAACAAAUAAAUCAGCAUGAAGAGCGAAUAACUAAACUUGAGAAAGAGUUAAAAGAGGAAAGAGAUGAUCAGAAAAAGAUAGAGUUGAAAAGAGAGCUAGAAAGAGAGAUUCAGCAGAGGAAGGAGGUUCAGCUUCAGCUAGAAAGACUGAAAGAAGAGACUGAAAAAGAGAAGAGAGAGAUGGAGGAACAACACAGACAGGAGAUGGAGGAGAUCAGGGAGACGUAUGAAGGAGAAGCCAGAAUGGAGGCAGAGAGGAACCUCAUGAAGAUCAUCCUGCCUGAACUCCAGAGAAACAUUUUGAUAUCAAAGUCAAAGAUGCAGGAAGAGUUCAGGAGGCAGAUGGAGGAGAAGGACAGAGAGUUGAAGACACUGGCACAGAGAGUGGGAGCACUUAGUAGCCUGUUACAGGUGGAGGUCCAUAAAUACAUUGGAAAUCAGUAAGAUCAAUAUGCUGAAAAUGCUCCUGUAAUGCUGAACAUACAGACUGGAUAGAAAGAGCUUGGUGGGUUUAAGCACUGUUUGUUAUUGUAAUAUUACUGAUGUGAUACUUUCUGUACAGACAGUCUUUUAUUCAUGGUCUUCUAUCGUUUUCAGAGAUGAACUCUACGAUUACCUCUUAUAAGUGAUGCUGAUGUGAAGUUGUUGAUGGUCAUGUGAAAGAUGAGGACUUGUUGCAGUUUCUUGUAUAGUCUGUGUGACAGAUUCAGUACAUUACUGUGACUUACUUUUAAAUGAGUGAUUUGACAACAAGUUCCUUCAGAAUCAGGCCUGGACCUCACUACUUCUGA